GCUGACUCCCAAAUGGCACAAUUCUCUAGAUAGUGUUUUCACGCGUAAAGGCAGCCUCAUUCUGCUGGAUGGAAACAACGCUGUGGAAAUCUAUGAAGCCAACAAGUCAAGCCGGCCAGCGAUCAGAGGACGGUUGAGUGACUUGUACCUUCCUGCUAUCACAGGACCAAUGUCAAACCUGCAGACAGCAAGGGCCAGACUCAGUCACUCAUGUCCUUAUCUCAGCACCAGCAGACGCCGCGGCUCCACCUCCUCUAUCAACUCACAGAGAGCUCCUGACUUCGGCAGCAAGCAGGCGAGCGGGCUCUGACUCUGUUGACAGAUUAUGCCGAAGCUUUGAACCAGUCUGUUGAGUGUUGAGUUAUAAGUUUCAGUUGGUCUCUAUGACUGAUAGUCUCUGUGAGCGUUUCAGAAGUGUUUUAGAGCAUCUUCACUGCCGUAUUUGUUAGAGAUGUGCCUUCUUCGUCACCUAAACGGUUCCUGAAAGAGUUGCAUGUGAAGAAUAUUUGACGUCUGUCUUCUAGAGUUACCUCAAAGCACAGAAAGAGUCCAAGAAGUCAAAUGUGACUGUGACAAUGACAUACCUGGGGCAGGGGCUUCCUGGCAGCACUCAGGAUGAGAUGAAAGUGCUUCAACAGAUCUGUGGAGGAGAGAACAUCUGUGUGUUUAAAGGAUUUGUUCAACCUGGAGAGCAAUUUCAGUUCACAUCCCAGAGGCACCUGGGCUUCCCCUUCAGCGCUACCAUCUUUGUGAAUGGAAUCAUAGCAGCCAGGAUCAGUUCCUGCUGCGAGUAUAGAUACACCCCUGGGUUUCAGCAAGGCCGCAGCAGCUGCUUCAGGCUGACCCGUCUAAACGGAGGAAAACCCUGCUUCAAAUGUGUGAAUUCAAGGCACGGUAUUGGCACCCCAGCGAUCAAUAGUCCAGCUCCAGCCCUGCAACAAGCCAUCAAUCCUAAUGAAGGUGUUAUGGAGUCGUGCCCUUCUUCCCCUUUGUUCGUCCCUCUUGGAAUGGAAAGGUCAGUGCAGAACUCCAGAAAGCUCUCUAAAGAUGGAGGUGCUUUAUCAACAGACAGUGAAGACGCGAAUGGCAGCGCAAAAGAAAGAAAACGUCACAAACGCCUUCAACGACCACGCAGCCAGCAAGGAGAGGGCAAAGGUUUCGAAGAAUCGCAAGCGAAUAAAAAGGAAAACAAACCACCUUCCAACACCAGAGAACAACUGCAAACAUCAGCAAAAGAACAUGCGGUGGAAAAAAAGAAUUCAGUGACCAAAAAUAAAAUUAAAGUGGCAGACAGCACUAUCAGGACAGUUGCAUUUCUCAAGAUUCAUUGCAGGAAGGAAAAACCUUGACUAAGCGCGACGGCGAGAAAACGAUGGAUGCUUCGAAAUCGAAUGGAAAAAGCAGCAACAGGGGAAGACUGAGGGACUUCUAUGAAGAAUGUGUUGAAAUGAGCACAGGUCUGGAGUCAGGCCUAGACCAACAGAGGUGGUUCAAAGUAAACAAGUUUGAGAGGAACAAAAUCAAAGAGCGGAUCACUUCAGGAAUCAGUGCCAAUAGCUCGGCAUCAGAAGUAGAACUUAGUGAGGAAAGUGACAGCAGUUUUACAGGAGCAAGGAAGCCUAAAACUAAUAACCAAGGUCCAGGGGAUGCUACAUCUGAGGAGCAAGAUUUACAAAAACAAAUGGAUGCCAUGAGAGAAGUCCUGAGCAAUUCUGAUGAAGUGGAUCAACUAAUAUUGAGAAACACAGGUCUAACUGAUGAACUGCUGAGGAGUUUGGCAACGGCGCUCAAGAGAAGCCCAUCUGAAGUCACAGUGAUUAACCUUAAUCUGAACCAAAUCGGACCCCCUGGAGUCAAUGUUUUACUAGACCUUGUGCAAGCCAAACCGCAGAUCAAAGAACUACUAUUGUUUGGAAACCAACUUGGCGAUCUUGGAGUGCAGACACUGCUUAGUGGAUUGGCUGAACUUCAAGACAAAACAGCAACACUGCGUGGAAACUCUGAAACAAUCCACUUCUCUCCAGUAAGCAUCGUGAUCAAAGAGUUAGACCUAGGUGGAAACGGCAUUGGCAGUGACGGCCUGAGGGUGCUGGCCACUUUUAUGAGGUAUCAUUCCCACCUUCAGUAUCUGGGCCUGGCACAGACAUCAUGUUCAGACACAGAGGCUUGGACAGUCUUGUUUGAAAGCCUGAAAGUGAACACUACGCUGACACACAUCAUCUUAGAUGAAAGCAACCUCGGGGACAAUGGUAUCAAGCUGUUUGCUGAGGCACUGAGAUCAAAUAAGACCCUGAGGAAGGCAGACUUGGACAAUAAUGGUUUCGGCGAAGUUGGAGGACAUUAUCUCCUGGAGGCUCUUCGCUCUGGAGGGAAACAUUCCCUCGAGAACCUCAGCCUGGAGGGGAACUACAUCAGCACCGCACUGAUGGCAAACAUACAGCAGGAGCUCGAAUCUAACACACCAGCUUCUCUGUAAACUGAGAUGUAUCAUCAGUUAACUAGUGCUUUGCAACUCAAACUUCUGGCAGGACGUACAGUAAAUAAGCCUGACGUCUUCAGUGCAGGACAGAGGGAAAAACUUUGUGGCCAGCACGUGGGUGGCUUCCAAUAAUUCUAAAUGAAUUGCUUUAUUCGGUGAUCCAUCUAUUCGGGAGUUUAAACAGUGGAGGCAAAACUUUAGAGAAAUAUUUGCUUGGGCUCUUGACCCGGUCUUUACGCCACAAGCCAACAGAUUCUCCCACUCAUGUCUUUGAAGUUUGUGAAUUGUCCGUGCAUCUGGAAGGUGAGAUGUUCAUUUGGGUUGAGGGAAAUUUGAGACGCACCUUUUUUUUGGAUUAUAUGUAAACUGAGCUGACCAGAAAAAUAGUCCUUGAUCAGAGUUUGCCUUAGUAUCUCAUUGAAAUUUGUUGUAAGUCUGUUAUAUUCAUUAGGUUACCAUCUUUCCUGUUGCUUCUGGUUUAAAAGAUAAGAACAGACCUUUAGAUAUCAGGUGUUAUUUUCACACAUUCAGUGCAUCCAUCCUACCAAAGAAGUUAUUAAAAGUAAAUUCAGGAAAUGUAUUGUCAGACAUGUUGAUUAUGUUGUUCAUAAAUGAUGAGAUGGAUGAAAAGUUGAUGAAAACUACUUUUGGAUGUAAAAAUAACUUCUAAUACUUAAGAGAUAUUAUUUGUUUUAUGUGCUGUCACCCCCUGACCCACAUCCAUCAAAGCUGACAGUAAAUAAAAGCAUAAAAGUGUCAUUUUUGGGACAAAUAUUCACAGUGUGAUAUCUGAAAGUUUAGGCUAAACAAUGUGGAACCUUUUUUCAGAUGAAUUACGCACGCUAUUACUAUUUUGUGUGAUUUGACCCUUAACUGAAAUAAAAUUUAUCCAAAUGAAAUUGUUCCAUGAAUAUAUAACUCAUAACCACGCUGGGGUCUUUUGUUGAAAUCUUGAGUACAAUGCCUUGAUUCAUAGACAA